AUGGCGGAGAGGGACUUGGAGGGUCUCCCUGCAUUAAUAAAGAAAACAAUUAAAGCGUCAAAUGAGAGACAAAAUGAAGGUUUAGCAGAAGAGAACUUCUUAAUAAACCCAAUCAACACUCUACCCAAGGAGACAGCUAAAAGACUGUGGAGUAUUGCCUCAGACCUCAACUUCAGGCCCCUCUUAGUUAUACUCAAAGCUGCGGACAGACAGCAGCUGCCUGAUCUCAUGCGGGAGGCCUGUCGUCUUGCUUGGUACAUGCGAGAUGUUGAAGGGUUUAUCAGGAAGCUCCUCGAGUUUGAGUUGGAGUGCGUGGGUCAUCUGCCGGAGUCUCUAUUUUUGUCUGUCUCCUCACUGGUCGGCUGUCUCUUUAACUCUUUUUUCUGCCUCCCUCGGCCUCUACUUCGUUUAGAAGAUCGCAGGUGGUUCUUUACUAUAUUAGGGCCCCCAUUAGCUGUUCUCAGUCGUGCUAUUGCUGCUCAACAGCAGCAAAAGCAGCAGCAGCAGCAGCAGCAGCAGCAGCAGCAGCAGCAGCAGCAGCAGCAGCAGGGGUUGGGGGACGAUGAGGGAGAAGAUUUGUUGCUAGAAGCUCCAUUGAAGUUGUUUUGGGAGUCAGCUUAUGCUGCUGAAGCAGGAGAAGCAGCAGCAAACCAUCUGCUGCAGCAUGUGCUGCUUCUUGAUAAACAAUCGAGGGAAGGAGACACUCGAAACAACAACCAGCUGUCUCCUCAGGACCUCAGCAGCAUUCAUUUUAAUCGUCUCCUUCAGCUUGCUCUAACUGCUGCUGCCUAUACACACCCCAACACCCAGCACACCAACUAUGUCAAUCAAACCCAUACUUAA